AUGGCACCCAACCUCCCCCAUCCCUUCAGGCUUUCAUGUCCCUUCAGCUGCAUGGGGAAUGGGGAGGGCGGGGGUCAAUCAGGUCAGAGAAGUUGCAAGAGCAUGUCUGAAAGUCCGAAGCCAGCCCGACAGAACCUGGUGAUCGGCACCGACGAGACGGACGACGCCAUGAUGGACUCGAGGCUCUUCGACAAGCUCGUCCUGGACGAAGUCAAGGACCUGGAGGAGUGCAAGACGCUCUUGAAGAGGACGAGAGCCGUCACCCUCAUGGCGGACAGGAUGACUUGCGCAUGGACGGAAGAGGAGUGCUACGAGGAGGUAAGCAAGCUGGUGCUGGGCCUGUUCGGGGUGGAGCGAUGUUCCGUCGCGCUGGUGGAGGACUACGAGCACCUGCGGGUGAUACAGAUGGCGGUCACGAGGGUGGACUACAGCAAGGAGAUGAGCGUCAACAUCCACAACACAGGCAUGCUCAUCCCUCUUGCUGGCUCCUCCUUCGGCAAGAUCGCCAAGACCCUGAAGCCUCUCUACACCCCCGACGCUCGCGAGAGCGACUUGAUCGACCACAAGAAGAUCGCCUCCAUGGGCCUGCGCACGAUCGUAAAUGCUCCCCUCCUGGUAGCCGGCAGGAAGUUCGUGGGAGCUCUUAACCUGGGCUUCAUGGAGGUGGACUGCCUGACGACCAAUGACCAGCUACUGAUCAAGGACAUCGCUGCUUGUCUCGGAGCCAACCUCUUCACGAGGAGGAUCAAGAAGUCGCAGGAGGAAGACCACGAGGUCUGCCAGAACCUUCUGCACGCCAUGAUCCCCCCCAAGGUGCUCAUGCGCAUCGAGCACUACUGGAGGGACAGGGGCAGCCAGGCGCAGCCCUCGGAGCUCAGCGCAGAGGAGACGGCCCAGGACAUGUCGGACACGGGCAGCUCUGACCAGCUGGACGACAUCCAGCAGCGGCUGGAGUAUCUCCGCGGCAUCUCGAGCUCGAUGGAGGUCAGCGUGCAUGACAACCCCGAGCUCUCGCGCCACCUGCACCUCAUGUGCGACAGCGGGAAGCCGAGCUCGGCGAGGAGCGGGGGGGACGGAGGGAUGGGGGCGAAGAUAGGAAAAGCGCUGUAUGCAGAGGAGAAGAGAAACGUGUCGAUCAUCUUCUCUGACAUCGUUGGCUUCUCGCGCAUUACAGACGGGGUCCCCCCGAUGAAGACGAUGAACAUGCUGCACCAGCUGUUUCAUCGCUUCGACGCUCUCUGCGAGAAGCACGGGGUCUUCAAGGUCGAGACGGUCGGCGACGGCUGCGUCAUGGCAGCUGGGCUACUGGAGGACAACAACGACAACGACGGGGGCAGAGCAGCUGCGAGGAGGGCGCUGGCGAUUGCCAUGGACAUGGUGAGAGAAACGAAGCUCGUGCUCUCCCCCGACCGAGGAGGGAGGAGGGAGCCUCUGACCCUCCGUGUGGGGCUGCACGUUGGCGACAUCACGUGCGGGGUACUGGGGAAGGGGAUGCCGCGCUUCCAGCUGUUCGGGAGCACAGUGAACCUGGCGGCGAGAAUGGAGCAGACGUGCGCUGCUGAUCGCGUGCAUGCGAGCAAGAAGUUCUUCGAGCUGGUGGGGGGGGAGAGCGGAAGCUGGGAGGGGCCGACGCUGGUGAAGGUGAAGAACAUGGGGGAGGUAGAGACUUUCACUCUGGACCCGCUGUGCAAGGGAUGA